AUGGCGGCGGCAGCGGCAGCCGAGGAGCGGGACGUGCCCCGAGCCCCGGCCCGGCGGCGGCGGCCGGAGCAGGGGGCGGGGCCUGGGGCGGCGGAACCGGAACCGGAGCCCGGACCGGGACCGGAGCUCAGCCUGACCCGGAAGCUGCUCGGGUUCGAGCUGCAGGACCUGACCCGGUGGUCCCGGUUCGUGCGGCUCCUGCACCGGCCGAGCGACCCCGCGGCCCUGGGGGCCUUCCGAGCGGCGUUCGGGCUGCUGAUGGUGCUGGACGUGCCCCAGGAACGGGGCAUGGCGCUGCUGGACAGGCGCUUCCUGGACGGGCUGGAGGUCUGCCGCUUCCCACUGCUGCCCAUGCUGCGGCCGCUGCCGCUGGACGGCAUGUACCUGCUGUACAGCGUCAUGCUGCUCGGGGCACUGGGCAUGAUGCUGGGCUGCUGGUACCGCCUGAGCUGUGUGGCCUUCCUGUGCCCAUACUGGUAUGUGCUGCUGCUGGACAAGACCUCCUGGAACAACCACUCCUACCUGUACGGGCUGUUGGCGUUCCAGCUCACCUUCAUGGGUGCUGAUCGCUAUGGGUCUGUGGAUGGGCUCUUUCGGCCCCACAAGAGGAACGCACACGUCCCACUGUGGAACUACACCCUGCUGCGGGCCCAGAUCUUCCUGGUGUACUUCAUUGCGGGGCUGAAGAAGCUGGACAUGGACUGGGUGAGCGGGUACUCCAUGGGCUCCCUCGCGCGGCACUGGCUCUUCGCACCCUUCAGGCUGGUGCUGUCGGAGCAGAGCACCAGUCUGCUGGUGGUGCACGGGGGGGGUCUCCUGCUGGACCUCUCGGCCGGGUUCCUGCUGCUGCUCGAUGCCACCCGUCCCAUCGCCCUCAUCUUCGUCACCUACUUCCACUGCAUGAACUCACAGCUCUUCAGCAUCGGCAUGUUCCCAUACACGAUGCUGGUCAGCAAUGGGCUGUUCUGCCACCCGGCCUGGCCACGGCGCCUGCUGGCUCAGUGUCCGCGCUGGCUGCGGGGGGGGCUGCCCAGCACCCGCCCCCCCCGGCCCAGCCCCGACUGCCACUAUGGGGCACGGGGGGGGCUGCGGCUGCGCCAGCAUCUGGCUGCGGCUUUCACUGUGCUCUAUGUGCUGGAGCAGCUCUUCCUGCCCUACUCACACUUCAUCACACAGGGCUACAACAACUGGACCAACGGCCUCUAUGGCUACUCCUGGGACAUGAUGGUUCACUCCCGGUUCCACCAGCACGUGAAGAUCACGUAUCAGGAUGGGCUGACCGGGGACGUGGGGUACCUGAAACCAGGGGUGUUCACGCAGAGCCGGCGCUGGAAGGACCAUGCAGACAUGCUCAAGCAGUACGCUGUGUGCCUGAGCCAGCUCCUGCCGCGGUACAACAUCUCCCAGCCCCGCAUCUACUUCGACAUCUGGGUCUCCAUCAACGACCGCUUCCAGCAGAGGCUCGUGGACCCCCGCGUGGAUGUGGUGCGGGCACCAUGGUCCCCUUGGCACCGCACACCGUGGGUGCUGCCGCUGCUGCUGGAGCUGUCCCCAUGGCGCCAGCGGCUGCAGGAGCUCGAGAGCAGCCUGGAUGGGAACACGGACGUGGUCUUCAUUGCUGACUUCCCUGGGCUGCACCUGGAGAACUUUGUGAGUGAGGACCUGGGGAACACCAGCCUGAAGGUGCUGAGGGGAGAGGUCCUGGUGGAGCUGGUGGAGCAGAACCAAAACUACACACUGAGGGAGGGAGACGGGAUACAGCUGCCGGCAGGGCAGUACCACAAGGUGCACACGGUGUCGCCUGAGCCCUCCUGCUACUUCUACCUGUACGUGAACACCACAGCACAGGCGCUGGAGCUCAACCUGACCCGGCUGCAGGAGCUGCGGGACCGGGCGCGCAACGGCACCGCACCAGAGCCGCUGCCCCCGGAGCUGCGGCCGCUGCUGGGGGAGCCUCUGCCGCCAGGGGCAGCUCCAGACCCGCUGGUGGCUCUGCUGCUGCGCCGGGAACAGAGGCAACGGGAGCGGGAACGGGAGCGCAGGGCAGGGAUGGGGCAGCGGCUGCGGCGCUUCCUGCACCGGAAACUGUUCCUGUUCCGGAGGAGCCUGCUGAUGACCUACAUCUCCCUCCGGAACCUGGCUGUGGGGCGGCCGCCCCCCCAGCGCCUGGCUCAGGAACUGGCCUUCGCUGACUGGCGCCCGGCUGAGGAGGAGGAGGGGGGUGAUGAUGGGGGGCACACGGACACAGUGAGGGGGGACCCCGAGCUCUGACCCCCCCCCAGCACAGGCUGCGUUGAACCCAGUUCUUUAUUUGCCAUUUUUUGGAGCAUUUUGGUGGAAUCCGAACAAAAUGGAAUAAAAACCUCGGGAAAAGAAGGGAAAUAAAAUAAAAACCAA